CGCAUCUGUGGCCCCGGGGUGGCAGGCGGGACUCUGCCAGUGUGGGACCCCAGCCUUCAGAGUGAUUGCUCUAUUCUGCCAUAGCCAGCGAGGACCGAAAGUCAGGGCGAACCGUUGAGAUUCAGCCUACAUAUUUGGCUCCAUUGUCCCAGCUGAACUUGGGAAUGUAGGCGGGAAAACCAAAAGAAUAGAAAAAUAAUGGGAGCCGGGAGCUGUUCUGUCGUGUUGGGACAGGGCAGGUGCCCAGGCUGUCACUGUCACUUCGUUCACCUUUAUGCAGUUCCAAGCCCACGUAGGAGUAGCAGGGGCGCGUAGGCGAGGUCUAGGUGUUUCCCCCAGAGGUAUCAGUUGCCAUGAACUCGGAGCCAAAUUUCACUUCUCGUAAGACUCAGAGGAAAAGUUGUUGAAGAAAUUGCGUACACCUCAGCCUGUUUCUUACUUAGAACUUGUAGAAUUGCUUCAACAAGCUUUCUGAAGUUACUUAAGUCACUCAGGAUUCUUCUUGUAUGACAGGUCCCAGCAAAGAGUUGGACUCAGGAGAAAUGGCCCUGGUACCCUAUGAGGAGAGCGCGGAGAUAGGGCUCCAGAAGUUCCACAAGCCUCUUGCCACCUUCUCUUUUGCAAACCACACCAUCCAGAUCCGUCAGGACUGGAGGCAACUGGGAGUCGCAGCAGUGGUUUGGGAUGCGGCCAUUGUUCUUUCCACGUACCUGGAGAUGGGUGCUGUGGAGCUCCGGGGCUGCUCUGCUGUGGAGCUCGGUGCUGGCACAGGGCUGGUGGGCAUAGUGGCCGCCCUGCUAGGUGCUCAUGUGACUAUCACGGAUCGGCAAGUGGCUUUAGAAUUUCUCAAGUCAAAUGUUGAAGCCAACUUACCUCCCCAGAUCCGGCCCAAAGCUGUUGUUAAGGAGCUGACUUGGGGACAGAAUUUGGGAAGUUUUUCGCCUGGAGAAUUUGAUCUCAUACUUGGAGCUGAUGUCAUCUACUUAGAAGAUACCUUCACAGAUCUUCUUCAGACCUUGGGGCACCUCUGUGGCAACCACUCUGUGAUUCUUUUAGCUUGCCGAAUUCGCUAUGAACGGGAUAAUAACUUCUUAACGAUGCUGGAGAGGCAGUUUACUGUGCGUAAGGUUCACUACGAUCCUGAGAAGGAUGUCCAUAUUUACAGAGCACAGAAGAGAAGCCAGAGGGAGGACUUGUAGUGGGCGUUAUUUCCUAAGAAUUGAGUAUGUCAGGUCUUAGAACUAGAACUCCCUUGCUAAUGUGAUGGCAGACCGCAGUUCCGUCCAGCCAGAGCUGCUCAUGUGUUCUUUGCAGACAAAUUCAUUCCUUGUCACAUUGCCAUAACUGUGUGUCACGAUUGCUCACUGCUGAGCAGUGAAUGCACAUGUGAGAUUUGGCUGGCAUUCUUUCCUAAUCAGUGUGCGCACUUGGUAAGCAUUUCCCACUAAUGCUCUGAAGAGAAUGGUGCAAAGGUGUCUUUAAGUUGGUGAGAUUCAGCAAUACCUUCUGGGCUGUAUGUUUGUCUCGGUUUUCUCAUCUGCCGAGUGUAAACGGAGUUUACUGCAUAUAUUACUGCAAUGUUUGUGCUGUUGAAGUCGCCUACUCUUCUUGUGAGAUAAGGCCUUACUCUAGCCCUGGCUUGGUCUAGAACUGUAGACCAGUGAUGGAGGUGGGUCUUCUAUCUAUGUGUUAAUUUCACUGGUUAAUAAAGAAACUGCCUUGGCCUUUGAUAGGCCUAGGUCCACCUUUGAUAGCAGCUUAGAUAGGCGGAGUAGACAGAACAGAA